AAAUAUUUAGUAAAAUAAUUUAAAAAAAAAAAAUAAUAAAAAAUUGAUAAAAAUCGAAUAACAGCAAGACAAUCAUUGAGAAAAGACUAAAAUUGUGUAAAAAAGUGUUAUAUUUAUAAAUAACUUGACAAUACUAAAUACGCUGUCGAAGAAAAAAAAACUAAUAGUGUAACGACGAAAAAAAAUAUCAACAAUGUAGCCAUCACAUCAACUUCAUCCGCAGCAAAAAAGAAAAAUAUCAUUGCAGAACAAACAAAAAAAAAAGUUAAAUAGGAGAAACUUUUUGUUAUCCCAACAAUUUGUGUCAUAAAGUGAUCCAUAAAGCGGCAGUUUGUUGAGCAAACACAAAAAAUCAAACCAAACAUCGACGAAAAAGGUUGAGAAUCGAACGGUUUUUCAAUAAAAAUGUGACACAGCUCGUAUCAGUCACCGAAAAUAGUUGAUUUUUAGGAAAAUUUUCGAGGAGAGGAGAAGAAUUGAAUUUAAGCGACGAAUGAAAGCAAGUAAUACAUCGUGUGGUUGCAAGCCACAAUGUCGGAUCCUGAAACGAUGCUUUUUGUUCUUUGCGACAAUUUCCAUCUUACCCUUUGGACUUAUUUAUAUGCUUACCACAAAUGACGGAAGUUAUCGGAUUACGAAGCAUUAUGAGUCGGAAAAUGACACGUUCGAUGGUACACAUUCGCAUCGCAUGGCACAAAAAUUGUUUCCGCCCGAAAUGGAGGAGAAAAUUGAAGAGCGAAUGAGUUUAAGGGCAGCAAGACUUGCAGAGAAAUGUUCCUAUUAUGGAUUGGAUGUACAUGGAAACGAUUCUCUUCACAAGCCAAAUGCAUGGGAAUUUCUCAUCAAUCACAAACAUCAUCUGCUUUGGUGCAACGUCUUUAAAGCAGCUUCUACAUCCUGGAUGUACAAUUUCAACGUACUUGCCGGUUAUUCUCCGGAAUUCCUGAAGAAAACGAAACUCGUACCUUUGAUUUUAGCACGUAAGCGAUAUCCGCGACCCAGCGUCGAAGAACUCAUCGAAGCACAAAACGGUUCAAUUACCUUCUUAAUUGUGCGACAUCCGUUCGAGCGAUUACUGAGUGCGUAUCGAGACAAACUUCAAUUUGCGCUUCCGCACACUUUGCAUUCAGCACUCGGGCAAAAGAUCAUCCGAAAGUAUCGCGAGAAGAAAUUUCAACUAAAACCCUCAAAAUACGCCAUUCGAUGGCCCAUCUUCGGGGAGUUUGCGGAAUACCUCAUCGACGAAUACAAAGCGGGAAAAAUGCUUGACAUGCAUUGGACUCCGAUCACGCAAUUCUGUACGCCGUGCCAAGUGAAAUUCGAUGUAAUCGCGAAAUUCGAGACGCUCGACGAAGAUCAGCAAUAUCUCAUACACAAAGCGGGUUUGUCGCAUCUCAUUGCGCCGCAAUGGAAAAAUAGCGGAAAAGGCAAAAAUACGUCGGAUUUGCUGAAAAAGUACUAUUCGACACUUACACAGCGACAAAUUCGGGAGAUAUAUGAAAUCUUCAAAUAUGACUUUGAACUGUUCGGAUACGAUCCGCAACCGUACUUUGAGAUGGCACAAGCGGAUAAUCCCGUAGAAUAGAGCUGCUCAUCAUAUCUCAGCUAAUUUCUUAGUUUUAAACAACGUUAAUAAUAAACAAUUGUGAUACUUCAAAAAAAAAACUUCAAUAAUUAGAAUGUACUAAACUACUUUUAAGCGCUAAAAAAUUUAAUUGCGUCCGUAAGAAAAAUAUAUUUAGUAGUUGUAACUAAUUAAGUAACAAUUUUCAACUAUACACUGAUUUAAAUCUAUUAUAUAGGUGAUAGGAAAAAGUUUCGGGACUAAAAAGCUAAGCAAAUGUUAAGUUUUUGUUGAAAUCCAAUAAUUUUAAGUUAUCUGCUUUUAAUUUUUUUUUAUCAAAAUUCUUCAAAAUCUAUCAAACCACAACUUAUUCUAUACUACUUAGGCACUUGCAAUAGAAUUUUCUCAUAGAUCUUCUCUUCAUAGACAUUCGUAGAACAGUUUUCCAUCCAAAUUUUAAUAGUCGGUCAAAAAAUAUUUAAUCUCAAGUUACAAAUAAUCGAAUUUUUAAAUAAAGUCAGUACAAAAUGUUGCAAUUAUUGCAAAAUUAUUCGA